GCGACCGAGGGGCGUAAUGGCGAGCCACGGCUCAUCAUUCUCCAGCUUCCUAGCCUACCUCCAAGCCCUCUCUCACACUCCGACUCGGCUCGCUCGACGAGCUCUUUCCCUCUCUACUUCUUACGAAGAGAUGAGUUGUGUACGAGCUCGCUCCGGCUCUGACAUGCGCAAGACCCUCCGGUGGUAUGACUUGGUCGGCCUUGGAAUCGGUGGCAUGGUCGGUGCCGGAGUGUUCGUCACCACCGGCCGCGCCAGCCGUCUUUAUGCCGGACCCGCCGUUGUUCUCUCUUACGCCAUUGCCGGCCUCUGUUCCCUCCUCUCCGCUUUCUGCUACACUGAGUUCGCCGUUGAUAUGCCUGUUGCCGGAGGCGCCUUCAGCUACCUCCGCGUCACCUUUGGCGAGUUCGCUGCAUUUAUUACCGGUGCGAACCUCGUGAUGGACUAUGUGCUGUCAAAUGCCGCUGUUUCCCGAGGAUUAACAGCCUAUUUCGGCACAGCGAUCGGCGUCUCCACCGCGAAAUGGAGGUUCACGGUUCACUCCCUUCCGGAAGGCUUCAACGAGAUCGACAUCGUCGCGGUGGCCGUCGUUUUACUCAUCACCCUCAUUAUCUGCUACAGCACGAGGGAGAGUUCAGUAGUGAACAUGGUGUUGACGGCGCUGCACAUUCUGUUCAUAGCAUUUGUGAUCCUAAUGGGCUUUUGGAGAGGAAGCUGGAAGAACUUUACGGAGCCGGCUAACCCGGAAAAUCCACCCGGGUUUUUGCCGCACGGAGCUUCGGGCGUGUUCCAGGGGGCAGCCAUGGUUUACCUGAGCUACAUAGGAUACGACGCCGUUUCGACUAUGGCCGAAGAAGUCCAGAACCCCGUCAAAGAUAUCCCCAUCGGCGUAUCAGGAUCGGUCGUCAUCGUCACCAUUCUCUACUGUUUAAUGGCCGCUUCAAUGUCCAAACUCCUUCCUUACGAUAUGAUCGAUCCAGAAGCGCCGUUUUCGGCGGCGUUCAGUGGGAAAUCGGACGGAUGGGGAUGGGUUUCGAAGGUGAUAGGUCUGGGAGCGAGCUUCGGGAUCUUGACGUCGUUGCUGGUGGCGAUGCUGGGCCAGGCUCGGUACAUGUGCGUGAUCGGACGGUCCAACGUGGUCCCUCCAUGGUUCGCCAGGGUCCACCCGAAGACCUCAACGCCUGUCAACGCUUCCGCUUUUCUUGGGAUCUUAACAGCUGCGAUUGCCCUUUUCACUGAUCUCAAUGUCCUUCUGAACUUGGUGUCCAUUGGAACACUCUUCGUUUUUUACAUGGUGGCAAAUGCUGUGAUCUAUAGACGAUAUGUGGUUUCUGGCACAACAAAUCCAUGGCCUACAUUGUCCUUCCUCUGUUCAUUGUCCUUCACUUCUCUCAUGUUCACCCUCAUUUGGAAAUUUGUACCAUCUGGGAGGGCCAAAUUAGGAUUGCUCAUUGCUUGUGGUGUGAUUACCAUUGCAAUAUUGAACAUUUUCUACUGCAUGGUCCCCCAAGCACGCAAGCCUGAAUUCUGGGGUGUACCACUCAUGCCAUGGAUUCCCUCUGUCUCCAUAUUUCUGAAUGUGUUCCUGCUAGGCUCUCUCGACCGGCCGUCCUAUGUUCGGUUCGGAUACUUCUCGGCUUUUGCAGUGCUUGUCUAUGUCUUAUACAGUGUCCAUGCUAGCUUUGAUGCUGAAGGAGACGGUUCUCUCAUUCAAAAGAGUGGUGAGACUCAUGUGGAAUCCAAAGAAAUGGAGGACCAGAUUUUCAAAGUGUAGGUGAAUACUGGCAAAAAAAAACUAGACAAGUGUAGGUAAUAAGUUAAUGUCGUUAAGUACACAUUAUCAUUUGAGCUUUGACAAAUACAUGUUCUGUCAAUUUAGCUUUUAGAAAGUAAUUAUCACAAUUUGACUCCAAAAGCUUGUAAUGAUGAUAAUUAUCUUCUAAUGACUAAAUUGAUAAAACAUUUGCUGCUUUCUUCUAAA